CCUUAGGACAAGUAGUGCAUCUCCACCUUGUCCUGCACAGGACACCAGGGCAGCAAGCGGGGCUGGACUGCACCUCUUUCUGAAAGCCUUGCAUGGUGGAGAUCCAGGACUCUGAAAUCAGGGUGAUGUACUUGCACAAGCUCAAACUUUGUUUCCCCUGAAGUUUUUGGCAUGCUGUUGGAAGGGCUUAGAAGAUGAUUUAGCAGGAAAGGACCCUUCUUCUCUCAGGUCAAUAUGAACCUAGUGCUGCAUCCUGAACUCUCCAUGCUGGUUACCUGCGCUUGCACAGAACCUCCUGGCGACCUGACCGAGGCCUGCUGGAGGAUGUGAACAUUACCUGUAUUGUAACAGUGGCAACAAGGAAACCUGACUGUUCUGUUUUCCUCCAGUUAAAGGGCACCUCUUAUUCCUGUAGCAGCUGAGGAGUGGCAUUUGUGCUGCUUUCAGUGAUGAGUAACUUGCUAAAGCAAGUUCAAAUGGCAAGCGCCAGGGGCAAGGGGAGGCUGCCCUCUGAGUAAGAAAAGCUGCCUCUGGCCCCAUUUGGCCAUCCAAGCAGAUAGCACGUUGGCUGCAGAAGUCAGACAGUGACACGGUACAUGACUGCAUGUCUCUGAAUGUGGAUGCCAAAAGUGUUACUGCGACUGCAUGGGAAAGGCUGUAGUAAUCGUGGUAAGAUGGUAAGUGCUGGAGCAGGAGUGGCAUCUUGUCCGUGGAUGAGAUAGAAUAAGAUGUCUCCUCUCUGUGUUGUUAUUUCCUUUUGAGUUGAAGUACAUACUCAGAAGGUUUCAUUGUCUCUUUUAAACCAUAUUUGGCUGGAAAGGGAAGCUUCAUUGUGUGUUUCACUGGAAAGGUAGGCUUCAAGAGCUGUUACUAUUUAGUGCCUUAGUUUUGAGAUAGCAUCAUGCCCGAACCAGUGUGAAGGAGUACGGCUCAGUAUAUAGGAAUGCUGUAACUGUAAAUGGAUUCAUCUGGACGUAAUAUUAAAGCCUUUUCAAAGAUAGCAGUGCGUUAACAUGUUAAGUUUGAUUGUACUUCUAAUCACACUGUGAUCCCACUUUUCUUCUGGAAGCCUGAUGGGGUUUUGGUGUUUUGCUUUGAAUUUUACAGCCACAAACAUGCUUGUCAUUGCCUAACAAAUAAUCACUUUGAGAUUGUAAGCCUUCAGGGGCAAGGGUUGUCUGGCUGGAGAGAGCCCUCAGUGCAGAGGUUACAAUUCCAGCUGGAGCAUUUGGGUCAAAUAGUAAUAUAAAUUUAGCAAUAGUAAAUAUUUAUACUGGGGGCCGUAUGGAUCCGUUGGUGUUGGUGAAUGGCAGCAAGCAACACAACAGAGCCUCGCUGAACCUUUUGGCAGAGCUGGAAGCUUGCUUGUUAGAGCAGGAAUGCUGCAGUCACAAGUCUUUUGGGACGUUAUUCUUAAGGCAGGGUGUUGAAUGGGGUUUUGAGAAAAUAAAGCAUGAAAAGGAAGGAGGUGAUCUGAAGGCAUCAGCAAGAUUUCAAAACAGCCUCCAAAAUAUGCAUUGUGGCAUAAUUCCUCUUUAUGCUGAAGUACUGAGAUUGAUGUACACACCCUGACCCAAACAAUUAGGAGACUAGAUGGACUAAGUAAAUAGCUUACCUCUUACAGAAAGCAGCUUAAGUUUAGAAAAGGAAAAAGAAAUACAGUUAAACUUCAAUAAAUCCCUUUCAGGAUAAACGCUUCAGCUGCAGGCAUUUUUCCUGGCAUGAGACCAGUGGAGAUUCAGCUAUUGGAAGCCUGGCAGGAAUGCGGUAACAUUAAUAAGUCAUCCUUCAUCUGUUGAGCUUUACCUGAGAAGUCCUCAUUGUUACCCAUCCAGCAGGAUGUCUGAAGCAUAGAGGAUCUCUUUGCUUGCUAAAGAGCAGGAAUGUUCACCCUUGCAGAAGUUGCAUCGCUCAAUGACAUCCAGCCAACUUACCGGAUCCUGAAACCAUGGUGGGAUGUAUUUAUGGAUUAUCUAGCCGUUGUGAUGUUAAUGGUUGCCAUUUUUGCUGGAACCAUGCAGCUGACCAAAGACCAGGUGGUCUGCUUGCCAGUUCUGCAGUCUACUGUAAAUACAAAGCCACAACCCGGCACGUCAGGGAAGGCCGACUUCACCGCUGUUGAAACAACCACUGGUCAAGGAGAAGUAGCAUCAAUGGGAACGGUUUCCUUUGGAAGUGCCCCUACUGUAACACCCGAUGUACUUCUGAGCAGAGCUACCUCUUCUCAGUAUCAACCCACUGAAUCAGGCCAGGAGCUGAAGAAGGAGCAGAAAGAUUCCUCAGGCCGUAAAACCAAUUUGGAUUUUCAGCAAUACGUAUUUAUUAACCAGAUGUGCUAUCAUUUGGCUCUCCCUUGGUAUUCCAAGUAUUUUCCCUAUCUUGUUCUCAUCCAUACUAUCAUUUUAAUAGUCAGUAGCAAUUUUUGGUUCAAGUAUCCCAAGACUUGCUCAAAAAUUGAGCAUUUUGUCUCUAUAUUAGGGAAGUGCUUUGAGUCCCCUUGGACCACCAAAGCCUUGUCUGAAACAGCAUGUGAGGACUCGGAGGAGAACAAACAGCGGUUAACUGGUGCCCAGUCCCUGCCCAAGUAUGUUUCCACUAGCAGUGAUGAAGGAAGCCCGAGUGCCAGCACUCCCAUGAUAACAAAGUCUGGCUUCAAGUUUUCAGCUGACAAGCCAAUGAUCGAGGUUCCCAGCGUCACUAUCUUAGAUAAGAAAGAUGGAGAACAAGCCAAAGCGCUGUUUGAGAAAGUGCGUAAGUUCCGGGCUCACGUGGAGGACAGCGAUCUGAUUUACAAGCUCUAUGUUGGCCAGACUGUCAUCAAGACUGUCAAGUUCAUAUUUAUUCUCUGCUAUACUGCAAACUUUGUCAACACCAUUAGCUUUGAACACAUCUGCAACCCGAAAGUGGAACACCUGAUUGGUUACACCCAGUUUGAGUGCACGCACAACAUGGCUUACAUGUUGAAGAAGCUGCUCAUCAGCUAUAUUUCCCUCAUUUGUGUCUAUGGCUUUAUCUGCCUCUACACCCUUUUCUGGCUGUUCCGAAUACCUUUGAAAGAAUAUUCCUUUGAGAAGGUCAGAGAAGAGAGUAGCUUCAGUGACAUCCCUGAUGUCAAGAAUGAUUUUGCAUUUCUCUUGCAUAUGGUAGAUCAGUACGACCAGUUGUAUUCCAAGCGAUUCGGGGUCUUUCUCUCAGAGGUAAGUGAGAACAAGCUGCGGGAAAUCAGUUUAAACCACGAGUGGACUUUUGAGAAGCUGAGGCAGCACGUUUCCCGCAACGCCCAGGACAAGCAGGAGCUGCACCUCUUCAUGCUGUCGGGCGUCCCCGAUGCCGUGUUUGACCUGACGGAUCUGGAUGUGUUGAAACUGGAGCUGAUUCCUGAAGCGAAAAUCCCAGCAAAAAUCUCCCAGAUGACAAAUCUCCAGGAGCUUCACCUGUGCCACUGCCCUGCCAAGGUCGAGCAGACUGCCUUCAGCUUCCUGCGGGACCACUUGAGAUGCCUUCACGUGAAGUUCACAGACGUUGCGGAGAUCCCUGCAUGGGUGUAUCUGCUCAAAAACCUCCGUGAGUUGUACUUGAUAGGCAACUUGAACUCUGAGAACAACAAGAUGAUAGGGCUUGAAUCCCUCAGAGAGUUGAGGCACCUGAAGAUUCUCCACGUGAAGAGCAAUCUGACCAAAAUCCCCCCCAAUAUCACAGAUGUGGCCCCACAUCUGACAAAGCUAGUCAUUCAUAAUGACGGCACUAAGCUCGUGGUACUCAAUAGCCUUAAGAAAAUGACUAACGUCGCGGAGUUGGAACUGCAGAACUGUGAACUGGAGAGAAUUCCCCACGCCAUCUUCAGCCUCUCGAACUUACAGGAACUGGAUUUAAAGUCAAAUAGCAUACGCACAAUUGAAGAAAUCAUCAGUUUCCAGCACUUAAAAAGAUUGACUUGUUUAAAGCUGUGGCACAAUAAAAUAGUCAACAUUCCUUCCUCCAUUACCCACAUAAAGAAUUUGGAGUCUCUUUAUCUCUCCAAUAACAAACUCGAAUCCUUACCAGCUGCAGUGUUCAGUUUACAGAAACUAAGGUGUUUAGACGUGAGCUACAACUCGAUUGCGUCGAUUCCGGUGGAAAUAGGUUUGCUUCAAAACCUGCAGCAUUUCCACAUCACGGGCAACAAAGUCGACGUUUUGCCAAAACAGUUGUUUAAAUGUGUUAAGUUGAGGACUUUGAGUCUGGGACAGAACUGCAUUACCUCAAUCCCAGAUAAAGUCAGUCAACUGCUGCAGCUGACUCACCUGGAACUGAAGGGAAACUGCUUGGACCGCCUGCCAGCCACGCUGGGGCAGUGUCAGCUUCUCAGGAAAAGCGGGCUCGUGGUGGAGGAUCACCUCUUUGACGCGCUGCCCUCGGAAGUUAAAGAGGUGUUGAACCAAGACACAAGCAUUCCCUUUGCUAACGGGAUCUAGGCGGAGGUGAAGUGCUCUCUGGUAGCUGACUUCCGAACGGCACAUGCUAGAACAGUGUGGUGAUUGUGAGACCGUGCGUUUUCCUUGGGAGGCAGGACUGCUUAUAGCAGGGGUUAGAAGAGGUGUAACCGAGUGUUCCAUGUUUGCAGUGUUUUAAAAGAUUAUUUCCAAGAUUUUUGAGAGGAUAAAGAACCUGAAUAAUCCCAAUUCUUCUCUUUUUUUUUUUUUUUUUCUCUCCCUUAAAUUGUUUGUAACUUGGAUGCUGCCGCUUUUGAAUGUUUACAAAUUUGCUUGCCUGCUUAAAGUAAAUGAUUAAAUUGAUGACCUUUUCUUACUAUGCAAGUUGUUCCUUAAGGUCUGGAUUUACUUUAGUGCAUUAUGGGGGGGAAACACAAUGAUAAAUGUCAACGGUAUGGUCCUAACAGCACUCAGAACACAUGUUGAUGUGUGGUGUUAGCGGUUUGCCAUCCUCCAGUGAAACCAGUUUGGCUGUGCUUUGAACUGCACCAGAACCACCGUUUUCCUGCGUUGAGGUAUGUGGCUUGCAUCAGGCCAAGCGUGUUUGCCUUCAUUCGUCAUCCUCGAGGCCUCAUGUCGUUGAGUGAGAUUUCUUCUGUGGUCCAGUGUCUGGUCCUUCACGCUGGCAAAGACUGGUCACAUUCCUGCCACUGGUCUCCCCCUCGGUUUUCCAUAAGGCUCCUCUGUCCCACCAUGGGUGGGUGGUAAAAGGGAGAACGCUGCUGCUCGGCUUUCAAGUUGGGGAUAGUUUUGGUGUUUGAACUGGUUUGCAAGGUGACUUGAAAGCCAUCAAACACCACGAGACUUUACUGCUCAUGGUUUGCUUCUCCUCUGAGUUUUCAUCUGGGGAACUCAAGGCAUUUUAUGAGUUGGCGAGUGUCUGCUCCAUUUCCUAGACUGAUGACAGAGGCAUAAGACUUAUGAUUUACCCAAACGUGAUUUAGCUUUACCACCUAUUGUGGUAUGUCUCCCACACCUGAACUUUAACCAUAGGACCACCUUUCUCCCCGACCCCAUCCCAAAUAGUUUGAUGGUUUUGAACACUUAAGUACUGUUAGAAAAGCCUAACUGUGUGCCACAUAAGUCAUCAAAUAAAGGAAAAAGCAGACAGCAGUGAGCCUGGGAUUCCUUUUUGGCUGUUUUCUUUGGUGGUGCUGUGUUUUUGGUUUAUAACUGAGUUUGCAUUGCCAGAACCAUUAAAGAAAUAUAAUCCAUUAAAUCUGCAAAAUCAUCAGUUGUAAAUCUUGGCCAUUUACAUUCCAUGUGUGCAGAAAAGAAGUACUAUGCUGGGAGAUGAUUACAUGAUUACUCAUGGUUUAAACACAAUUCCCCAUUGUAGUGCGGUCAGGACUGAACUAGUCUGUAGUUCAAGGGACUGUUCUCACACAGAAAUCCUCAUGCACAGUGAUUUCUACUGUACCAUCACCAGAGCUGCCCUGACUUACCCCCCUGUUAACGAGGGGAUAGUUUAGGCCUGGGGGCAUUGAGCAGUCAGGAACACUUCAAAUACUGCUCUUAUGAGGCUUGUUGUUAAUCAUUUACUGUUAGUCAUGCUGGGAGGACUGUUUGAAGCUGUAGGUAGCAGUCUCUAUGUAUGUAUGAAUACAUACCUGCACUGUAUGUUUGGGUGUAUCAGAAGACCCAUUUAUGAGCAGUGGUUUUCCCACUCUUUUUGGGGAUACAGCCUGUUUUCCACUUGCCAGCAGGUAGUAAACCUGAGAUGUUGACUGUUCUGCAACACCAAGUCAUGGGUUUGGCAGCACACUUGGGAGUUACUGAUCCACUGGGAAAUUCAGUGCUAACUGAUCCUCAGAGUUUGUGUUUCAAGUAGAAGUUGAGGCUGCAGUGGACUUAUUUCUUUCCCUUUUAUUAAGACCCUCUUUCCUGCGUUUAUUUUUUGCACAUAGAUCACUUUAAAAUCGCUGGACUAUUGACCCUUUAGAAAAACUGUGGAGCAUACUAUUGGUGUACGCUUUGUAUUUGCUGUUGAGUGUCAUCUCAGCUUCCAUUGUGUGUAGAGGGAGGAAGAGUUGGAGGAUGACAAAGUGAUUAAAAUAUUUAGAAAAAUAGUUCUAAUUUUCAUCUUUUCCCCCCUUAUUUUAAUAGUGGAGUGGCACAGAAUGUGGCCCUGGAUUGAUCCAGCUUUGGUGUUUUCAGAUUCUCCUACUAUCCCUACUGAUGUUCAAAACUAAGCCCACCUCCACUUCAUAGAAGUAUGGUACACAUGAUUUACACCACUGUUUUGACUAGUUUAUUAGCCAAUUGUACUUCUUUAGACAACUUCCUCCAAAACAAGUAUGUGUUAAAGGUAAUUUCAGGCUUGUGAUGCUUGCUCAGCAUAAACUCCGUUCUUGUUUUCAGGAGAGCUUUCCCAGCGUGGGGAGGAACUGCCCAUCGUCCCCAUGCUGCCUCCCCCCAGUCCUUCCUCCUCGUUGUGACUGUUCAUAAUGUUCCCAUUUCCUGCGUGUCAACUGGCACAGUCUUGCUUUAAAGUUUUGGAAGCUCAUCUCCUUUCCAUGUAAGGCAUGUGGAAUAUAUUUUGCAUUUCUUAUUUGAUUUAAUAAAUAAGAUGUUUGUAUCUUCCUCUAA